CUUGCCUUAACCCAGUGCUGCGGCAGUUCUGCUACCUUUCUCUUCUUCUCUUUUCCUUCUCUGCUCUCUCACUCCGCCGCGCCGGCGUCGCUGCUCCGUUUAGUCCAUUCAACUCCUGCGCCGCCGCCGUUCUCCAUUUCCCCCUGCAUCGCUGCUCAGCGACCCGCAUCGUUGCCACCACCCCCGGCGUCUCUUCCACUCGCUUCGCCGUCGUCCCUCACCUCUGCAGCCGCUUCUCCCUCGUCCCUGCCUCCUGCAGAAGUGAUAAAGGAGAGUUAAGGACUCAAGGCCUUUGUUGUUGAACACAAUGAGUACCAUUCACAUUUGUCUGAACCAUUCAAUUUCUCAAUCAUCUUACAACAUUAGGAAACUAUUCAAUUUGGAGAGAGAAAAAGCUUCGGCCAGAGGAAGAGCAGCAGUUAUUCGAACGAAUUGCAAAAGCGUUGUUCCGAAGGCAUGCCUUAAUGUGGAUGUUGAAGCAGCUAGUGCCGGGAAGGUAGGAUCAGCAAAGGCUAAUGCAGUGAUUGAGAUGGAAGGGAAGUAUUUAGUGGGAACGUAUGCUAGAGCACCUGUGGUUCUUGAGAGGGGGCAAGGUUGUAAGGUAUAUGAUGUCGAGGGGCGAGAGUAUUUGGAUUUGAGUGCCGGGAUUGCUGUCAAUGCACUUGGGCAUGGGGAUACAGAAUGGUUGAAAGCAGUCGUAUCACAAGCCGGCACCCUUACUCAUGUCAGCAAUAUGUAUUAUACAAUUCCUCAGAUAGAACUAGCAAAGCGUCUAGUGGCUUGUUCUUUUGCUGAUCGUGUAUUUUUCACUAAUUCCGGAACCGAAGCUAACGAAGCAGCUAUUAAAUUCGCAAGAAAGUAUCAGAGGCAUACAUGUACUGACGGAAAAGCAGCGGCAACAGAAUUUAUAGCUUUUAGCAACUGUUUCCAUGGGAGAACAAUGGGAGCACUUGCUUUGACUAGUAAAGUGCAUUACAGAGCACCUUUUGAACCUGUUAUGCCCGGGGUGACAUUUGUAGAGUAUGGAAAUGCAGAUGCUGCAAUAGAACGGAUUAAGCAGGGGAAUAUUGCUGCAGUUUUUGUCGAGCCAAUCCAAGGAGAAGGUGGAAUAUACAGUGCCACAAGAGAAUUUUUAGAGUCUCUACGCCGAGCUUGUGAUGAAACUGGGGCACUUCUUGUGUUUGAUGAGGUCCAAUGUGGUCUAGGUCGAUCUGGGUAUCUUUGGGCACAUGAGGCAUAUGGUGUCUUCCCAGAUAUCAUGACCCUUGCCAAGCCUCUCGCCGGCGGUCUGCCCAUUGGAACGGUCCUAGUGACCGAGAGAGUCGCGUCUGCUAUAAAUUAUGGUGACCAUGGAAGUACUUUUGCAGGAAACCCUCUAGUGUGUAAUGCUGCUCUUGCUGUUUUGGAUAAAAUCUCAAAACCUGAGUUCCUCUCUUCUGUAUGCAAGAAAGGCCUAUAUUUCAAAGACCUACUUAAGCAGAAGUUAGGAGGAAACAGACAUGUCAGAGAAAUCCGUGGUCUUGGCCUAAUCAUAGGGAUCGAUCUAGAUGUACCUGCCUCACCCCUUGUCGACGCGUGCCGAAAUUCCGGCCUCCUGGUAUUAACGGCUGGAAAAGGAAAUGUUGUUAGGCUUGUUCCACCAUUGAUCAUAACUGAGCAGGAGAUUGAGCAAGCAGCUGAAAUUCUAUCCCAAGCUUUGCCAGUUCUUGAUGAGGAUAAUCAAAAGUAAGAAAUUAUGAGAAAGAGGGAAUUGGCCUUUUAUUUGUAACUUCAUUGGUUCUAUAUCUGUCGACUAGGUUAAAGUCCAUGGACUUUUCUGCAUGAAUGUAAUCUCCAUCAUAAGAAUAUUGUAGCAAUGAUGAAUAAUAUGUCUUGAAUAAGGAGAAAUAGUUGGUCUAAGAUUAACAAA